AAUAUCAGUUCUCAAGACCGAUUCAAAAUUAUGCAAUUAUCCGACUUACAUUUUGGUCAAGAUUUGGGUAGAUGUACCCCUGACGAGAACGGAAAAUGUACUCUGGAAGCUCGAUCUCUGGAUUUGCGUACUCUUAAGUUUAUUGAUGAGUCCAUAAUUGAAGAAAAACCAGAUUUAGUGGUUAUAACUGGAGACUUGUUCGAUAUCUCAAGAUCUAUAGAUUAUAAAUCAGUUAUUUUGAAGUCACUACAGCCAAUUCUCAAUCACAACCUCAAGUUUUUGUUCACGUUUGGUGAUGAUAUCACUGCCGACCACUACCAAAACUACAAGGACAUUAAAGCUUCCAUUAUACGCUUUAUUUCUACCUUACCCAACUGUCUCAAUUCCUAUGACAAUAAAGGCAACCAUUUGCAUGGAGUCACCAACCAGAAUCUCAUGCUAAGGUAUGAACCAACCAACCAACCAGUAAACCCACCACGUCAGCAAAUAUUGAUUUCAAUUCUCGAUUCAGAAAAUCAGCGUAUAGAAGACUCACAAAUAAACUACCUCUACAGGAUGAACAACAACCACAAAGCAAAAGGAAUGACAACAUAUAAACUCCUUUUUUUCCAUUACCCCAUCCCACAAUACCGUCCAAAGGGUCAAUUCAAACUUGUCGGUUCUUAUCAUGAAAAACAUCCAUUGAAAGAGAACAAUUCCAAGUUUAUUGACGAUGCUUUAACUUGUGGAUACCUGGUGAUUAGCGUUGGGCAUGAACACGAAAAUGAUGCUUGUAUAUUAGGUGAACGGAAAGAUUUGGGUUCAAUUUGGUUAUGUUAUAAUGGGAUAACUGGUGAUUCGGGUGUUACUAAGGAUAACUCAUACCAAAGGAAAAUGAGAAUAUUUGAAGUGGAUUUCCUCAAGGAAAGAUUGAUAAGUUGGAAGAGAGGUGAGGUUGAGAAGAAACCAUUCGAUCAUCAAUUAAUAUUUCAAAACAACAAGGUUUCUACUUAAAUAUAUAUAACAAUUUAAUAUGACUAUGUAUUAAUAUAUGUAAAUAUGAUU